AUGGGCUCGACCAAGCGCACCCGUACCGUGGAGGCGAAGAAGGGGGACGGAACCCAAACUCGACUCGACUCUCUGGUGAAUGAAGGCGUCCCUGAUGAUCACAUCGAAUUCGGUGGUUCAUUCGGCAAUGCCGCACUCAUAAUCGGGUUUCCUUUACUGAUGUGGUACAUGUGGAUCGGAGCAGAAUACUACGACGGCCAGCUUCCACUCCCAUCGCCCGACCAAUCUUGGUCCGACUUCGCCCGCCAUCUGUUUAACCUCGCGUACGAGGGCGCAUUCCCGACAGCGAGAGCAUGGAAGAUCUACUGGGUCUUUUUCGGAACCCAGAUGCUUUUCUACUACACUCUGCCAGGUGUCACAGGCUACGGCAAGCCUCUUCGUCACGAGAACGGGAAGCAGCUAAAAUACUUCUGCAACGCCUAUGCCAGCUUCUACACCACGAUUGUCCUGGCGGCUCUCCUUCAUGUCACUGGCGUCUUCCGCCUCUAUACUUUGAUCGAUGAGUUUGGCCCAAUCAUGUCCGUAGCCAUCCUCUCCGGCUUCCUCAACAGCAUCAUCGUGUACGUCUCUGCCCUCCUCUGGGGCAGGGGCCAUCGGCUUACCGGCUACCCCAUCUACGACUUCUUCAUGGGAGCAGAGCUCAACCCCCGAAUUGGGAUUCUCGACCUGAAGAUGUUUUACGAGGUUCGAAUCCCUUGGUUCAUCCUCUUCCUAAUCUCCUGCGCCGCAGCCACCCGUCAGUAUGAGACGUAUGGGUAUGUAUCCGGCGAGGUUCUGUUUCUCGUCAUGGCGCACUACCUCUAUGCCAAUGCCUGCGCCAAGGGAGAGCAGCUAAUUAUUACGAGCUGGGACAUGUACUUCGAAAAGCUCGGCUUCAUGCUGACAUUCUGGAACAUGGCUGGCGUCCCCUUCUCUUACUGCCAUUGCGCCCUAUACCUGGCAAGCCACGAUCCCUCGACCUACCGUUGGAACAGAACCGCUUUGGUGGCUUUUACCGUUCUCUAUCUCUUCGUCUACUGGGUGUGGGACACCACGAACAGCCAGAAGAAUGGAUUUAGGCAGAUGGAACGCGGCCAACUCGUGCAACGCAAAACCUUCCCACAGUUGCCGUGGCAGGUGGUCAAGAACCCGCGAGUCAUUGAAACAGACGCGGGUGAUCGUAUCCUUGCCGACGGCUGGUUUGGACUGGUUCGUAAGCCGCAUUACCCCUGCGACGCGUUCUUUGCCACUGCCUGGGCCUUGAUCACUGGAUUCAACUCGCCAUUCCCCUGGUUUUACCCGGUCUUUUUCUGCAUUAUGAUUGCUCACCGCACGAGAAGAGAUGUCAAGAAAUGCAGGAAUAAAUACGGCAAGGCUUGGGAACAGUACGAGAAGGAGGUUCCUUACCUCUUUAUCCCGUAUGUUAUUUAG